UUUAAGGUUUGGGGCCGCGAGAGCCUGAAAUUUGUGUGGAAGUGGAUUCAUGGGGGCAAGAGUUCUAGCUUGGACAUGGCGCACCCUCUGCUUGGCGCGGCCAAACUCUCUCGCUUCUCUCCUCACUUCCCGUGCUCUAUAGAGGAGCUAACCCUCAGGAGAGCCACCAUCCACGGCGAAUCGGCAACCCAAUCUCACACCUCUUCUUCCCCCUCCGACCAACUCAUCUCCGACCAAAUCAUCUCCGAUCUCCAAAGCGGCAAAACCCAAAAUUCUCUCCUUCCCAACUCCUUAACCAACCUAACCCCUUCCGUGAUCCUCGACGUCCUCUACAAAUGCAGCAGACGAGCCCCUCUUCUUGGCCAAGAAUUUGUCAAUCUCCUUGCUCGAAAUUCCAGCUCGAAGUUCUCAUCGGAGUCUCUCGGCGCCAUGAUCCACGUCUCAGUUCUAAACCGCCGCUCCACCGAUGCUCAAUCCCUUAUCCUCCGAAUGGUUCGCCGACGAGGUAGCUCGAGGUCACAGAUCAUAGAUGCCCUUAUGUCCACUUACCACGGCUGUAACUCGAACCCCUCCGUUUUCGACCUUUUAAUCCGCACCUAUGUCCAGGCUAGAAAACUGAGGGAGGCCGCAGAGGCCUUUAGGGUUUUGAAGGAGAGGCGUAUUUCAGUCUCCGUCAAUGCCUGCAACAGCCUUCUUGCUGGAUUGGUGCGAGCCGAUUGGCUUCACAUGGUGUGGAAUUUAUACGAAGAAGUAGUUGAAAUGGGAACCCGUGUGAAUUCAUACACCCUAAACAUCAUAGUCAAUGCUCUGUGCAAAGAAGGGAGAUUCGAAGAUGCUGAUGAACUGAUGAACGAAAUGGAGAAAAAAGGAGUUUUUUCAGAUCUCGUGACUUACAACACAUUGGUUGAUGCUCGUUCUCGCAGCGGGCAUCUGGAAGAAGCAUUAGUACUAUUGAAUUCAAUGGUAAGUAAGGGGUUGAAGCCUAAUGUUUCAACUUAUAAUGCUAUUAUGAAUGGAUUUUGCAGACAAGGAGAGUUUGAGAAUGCCAAGGAGCUACACCAUGAGAUGAUUGGGAGCGGAUUGGUUCCAAACACUUCUACAUUUAACAUUCUGCUAGGAUGUUUAUGUAAAAACGGAAAAGUUCAGGAGGCAGUGGGGAUAUAUCAGGAGAUUAUGAACCAACAUCUUCUUCCUGAUAUGUUAACCUUUAGCUAUUUGAUUAAUUUGUUUACUAAAUGGGGAGAUUUGAACUCAGCAAUGCACUAUUUUGAAGAGAUGAAGGUUUUUGAUUUGAUUCCAGAUACUGUUGCUUAUACAAUGCUUAUUAAUGGAUUUUGCAGGAUCGGUUCUAUGUCGAAAGCUCGAGAGUUGUAUGAUGAGAUGAUAAAUCAUGGCUGUUUUCCAGAUUUGGUCACAUAUAACACAAUGUUGAAUGGAAUGUGCAGGGAAAGAAAGCUUUCAGAAGCUAAUAAGCUUUUCAUGGAGAUGAUGGAAAGAAGAUUUACUCCAGAUUUUUACACUUUUACAACUCUUAUCCGUGGAUUUUGCAAAGAGGGAAGGAUGGAGGAAGCUUUUAAGCUGUUCAAUAAUAUGAUAAGUCAACAUGUUAAGCCAGAUGUUGUUACAUAUAACACCUUAAUUGAUGGUUUUUGCAAAGAAGGCGACAUGGAGAAAGCUUAUGAGUUAUGGGAUGGUAUGAUUCAUGGAGGAAUUAUGCCUAACUCCAUCACUUAUAGCAUACUAAUCGAUAGUUAUUGUACAAAGGGGGAUGUUGUUGAGGCAUUGAAGCUGCGGGAUGAAAUGUGUAAAAAAGGAAUUACGCCGAAUAUUGUGACUUACAACUCCAUUAUUAAAGGCUUUUGUUGCUCUGGUAAUGUGUUUAAGGCUGAAGAGUUUUUGAUCGAGAUGAAAAGCAGUAAUAUUGUUCCAAAUAGAAUAACUUAUAUCACUUUGGUUAAUGGGUUUGUGAAGGAAGAAAAAAUGGAGGAAGCUGUUUCCAUGGUGAAAAUAAUGGAAAGUGAAGGGAUCAAAUCGGAUAUUUCCACAUAUAAUGCGCUCAUCAGUGGAUAUUGUGAGCUUGGUAGUGUUCAGGAAGCACGUUACUUGUUUAAAAAAAUAGCCGUUAGGGGAAUUCUACCUAAUAAGUUUACUUAUACGACUCUCAUAAAUGGAUAUGUUGCUGCUGAGAACUUGAAGGAAGCAUUCAGGUUGCAUGAUGAGAUGUUGCAGAGAGGUUUUGUACCAGAUGAUAAGUUCUAAGAUCUGUGUUUUGUUGCUUCACUGAAACUUUCUGGCAGUGCAAAUUUUUAUAAAUAUGGGGGCCUUGGUGUCGAGCCGUAUAGUUUGGCCAUCAAGCCGAGAGAGCAGUUGAAUUUUGAGGGAAAAGAGCUUUUUUGCAUUGUGUGUGAGGCUGUGGAGAGACAGCUGGAUUCUCAUCUAGAGAUGUAAUGAAGAAUUGAGAAGAGGGGGGAUGGGCUAUAAAUGUGAAUUAGGAUUUAUUUAGGUUUAUUUUUUUGUUGCGGGCUUUACAUGUGUACCAUAAAAUUUUUACGUAUUUACAUGUAAAGUUUGAUAUU